AUGGUAGCAAAGCUGCUCUUGUUAAUUUUACUGCUGGAGAGCACAGGUUGCUCUUUGUCGCGUCCAACUGGGGUGGUGGAGAGCGAAAAGGCGUACCUUAAUUGGGUAAAGCAAAUGGGUUCCUUCAAGCAGUACUCUCUCUUCCAGAAAGCAACCAAUAUGUUCGCGCCUUGCAAAACCAUUAAAGUAGACACAAAAUCGAGGUUUGGUGAUUUUGUUACUUUGCAGAAAGCUAUCGAUUCACUGCCAGUCGUAAAUCACUGUCGGGUCGUUAUCUCCAUCAGUGCAGGAAUUUACAGGGAGAAGGUUGAAAUUCCUGCAACUAUGGCAUACAUUACCCUGGAAGGUGCUGAUGCAGACGACACCAUUAUUGAGUGGGACGACACAGCGGACAGAAAGGGACAAAGUGGGCAUCCAUUGGGUACCUUUGCUUCUGCUACAUUUGCAGUCGAUGCCCCUUACUUCAUUGCAAAGAACAUCACCUUCAAGAAUAAGGCACCAUUGCCACCAUCGGGAGCUCUAGGAAAGCAAGCAGUGGCAUUACGGGUUUCAGCUGACACCGCGGCCUUCUUCGGCUGCAAAUUUGUUGGAGCACAGGACACUCUCUAUGAUCACAUAGGCAGGCACUACUUCAAGGACUGCUUAAUUGAAGGCUCCGUCGACUUCAUAUUUGGAAACGGUCUCUCCCUCUAUGAGAACUGCCAUUUGAAUGCCAUCACCAAUAGCUAUGGAGCCUUGACUGCCCAGAAGAGAGAAAGCUUGCUUGAGGAAACUGGCUUCUCCUUCGUCAAUUGCAAGGUCACUGGCUCAGGCGCCCUCUACUUGGGCAGGGCAUGGGGCAGUUUUUCUAGGGUGAUCUUUGCGUACACUUACAUGGACAAGAUCAUCACUUCUCCGGGAUGGAACAAUUGGGGGCAUAAAAAUAGGGAAAUGUAUGUUUGUUCUCUCCUCCUCUUUACAACAUGCCUUGAUAAUGUGCCAGGAUGGUCUUUUAAGUUUAACCAUUUGUAACAACAUUAACAUGUACUUUGCAGGACUGUGUU